AUGACGCUGUACAUCCAGACCACCACGCUGACCAUCUCCAUGAACCUGAGCGCCUCUGUGGCUCUGGGUAUGCUCUACAUGCCCAAGGUCUACGUGAUCAUCUUCCACCCAGAACUAAACGUCCAGAAACGCAAGCGUAGCUUCAAAGCGGUAGUGACGGCGGCCACCAUGUCAUCGCGCCUCUCGCACAAACCCAGUGACCGACCAAAUGGCGAGGCCAAGACCGAGCUGUGCGAAAACGUCGACCCUAACAGUCCUGCUGCGAAGAAAAAAUACGUGAGCUACAAUGACCUUGUGAUCUAAAGGACCUCAUCACCAGAGGGAAGCAAUCAGCGAGAAGACACGGUCUUUUGCCUUUUUUGGGGGCAAAAAAACAUAGAACCCAGAUUGUCAGGAGGAAGGGAUUUUGUGUUUCUUUGGCGUACAGUGUACUCACGUCUGAGCUCCACUGUACUGUACCCAUACCACUGGAUAAUGCUGAGGAUGAUUUUUACAUUUUGUAGGAUGUGAGCAAGAGAAAAAAGAAAGGAGAACCUGAAUCAGGAUGCUGAUUCCCUGCCCCCUAUACACAUAAAAAAGGACAUUUAUUUAUUUUGAUAGGAGCCCUAUUGAUUGGACCAAGAAUGAUGUAUCUGAGUAAGUAAUGGCACAAAUUUCAGCUCUCAGCUAAUCUGUACUCUACAAGGCAGCUCUGAGCUCUUGUCCUAAACAACAUGAACAACCCUCCUGAAGGCAUUCUGUUGUAAUAAUAUCUGUAAUAAGCACUGUCAAGGAUGAGAGCAUGGUGAAGGAUGGCAAAGCCUUAUGGUUUUCCAAUGAACUUCCAAACUGCAACUUUUGCAAACUUCCACCGUGCCAGGUUGUGUAGUCCUCUAGCAUUCCUCUGACCUUUGAUGUUAAAUCUUUUGGUUGUUGUUCUUUUGCAAUUUUCUUCUUUUUCCUUGCCUCUUGGAUGCACAUUAUAUUAAAGCCAUAUUCUUCUCUAGGAGAUUCCCCCCUUCCACUCAAUUUACUGUGUGUGAGGUCCUCAAACCCUUUGUUUCUCUCUCUGUUUGAUUCACAUUGAUAUAUGGUACGUCGUGAGGGUUUGUAGACCGUCGACUGUGUUUUUUUUUUCCAGUGACUCGGAGAGGAUAAAUGUCGCAUCGAAUCGUACGCUAUCGAAAAUUUCAACGGACUGACAGUGUUUUUUGUUUGUUUUUUUCCGAAAGGUGUUCACGUAGCAGUUGUCAUGUCAAUGCAUGCCUGAUAUGUUUGAUGUUGAAGUAAACUGAAUAUUUCACCACAGGAAGGCAAUUCACGUUGGCCUGCUCUAAAGAAAAUUGUUCUUUUGCUUUCAUUUAGCUUUUUUUUUUAAAUUUUAUUAAAUUCCCUUCAUUCUUUUUUUCUCUGACUUCCUCCAAACUCAAGGCAGAAUAUGGCUUUAAUUUGUUUGGGAAUUUCUAACUGCCCCGCAACAUAUGGAGAAAUUGUGGAAAAAAAAAAAAAAAUGAAUAUGAAUAUAUAUAUUUAAAAAAGAAAAAAAAAGAUUUCAAAUGAAAUAAAAAGCAUGUAUGUUUUAUACUGUUUGUACUAAGUAUAUUCAUGUUGCCCUUGCUGCUUAUGUGCUAAUAUUGUGGGAGACAUUUCCGUUUGGCCACUCAUGCAACUUUACUGUGGUGUUGUCCAAGAAUGUAUCGACAUGAAAUAAAACCGUUGGGUUAUUUUUAUUUUUUAAUUCACAAAAAUAUGUGCUUUUUUGUUUGAUUUGAACAGAUUUUGUUGCCUACAUGGCAGCUCAUCUG